CUAAACAUGCGAUCUUACCUUUCAAAAUUUAAUGUAAAAAUUAGACAUGCUAAUUUGAAAAUUAAAAGAAUUUAAAACAAUAUAAAUUGAUUGUAUUUUGCCAAGAUUUCUCGUCUUUCUUCCUCUUCAUGUUUGCCGAAAUCACUGUGAAAUUAAGAUCCUAAAACUUUUGAGGGUUGAUGCUUGGUUUAUCUGUUUAACGUAAAACCCUAAUGCGAAAAAACCUAUUCCGAAGGAACCUCUUCCCAAACAUCCACGCCACAAAGAUAUAUCAUCUUUAUCAUCUCAAAAUCCAAUCGCAAGCAUUAUCUCAUUUAGGAGUUAAACAACUUUAGAUAGCCUCUGUUUUUUCCUUGACCACGGAAAAUAAAUCUACACAGAGCAAAAUUCAAAUAAUUAUUAUGUAGCAUUUAUCUUAAAAAAAAUCUUCUUUUCCCUUAAUCAUAAUCGCAUUUACUAAAAAGAAAACCAAAAGUCCAAUAAUAAUGAGUGACCCUUGAGUGUUUGAAAAAUUGUCAAAGUUGCCCUUCCACCAAAUAAGGAGAACCAAUCAAAGUGCAAGGUGGCAACAAUGACAUAGAGUGAAGUGCAUAAUAUAUUGUGUAGACUUGGAAGAGACACAUAAAGGUCAAGUGUAAACUUCCCAAGCAGCUUGGUGGUUUGGGCAUCACAGACCUGGGAAUUAGAAAUCAGUCCCUGCUUAUUAAAUGGUGGUGGAGGUUCGCCGUGGAAAGAAAUGCGUGGUGGAGGCAGUUGAUCGCCCAAAAGUUUCCGAAUCCCUUUUCCCAUUGGUCCGCUGGAUCUCUUAGAGGUCGCAUCGGCUGCAGCCCUUGGGCAGUCAUCUUGAAACUGGGUUCUGAGUUCUGGAAGUUCAGCCACAUUGAUCCGGGAUCUGGUCAUGACACGUCUUUCUGGUUUGAUAUUUGGCUUAGUGAUCGAUCCCAGCCCUUGGCCAUGGAGUUCCCCCGAGUUGCCGCCGUUGCCGCUUCACCAGAUUGCCGCAUUGCUGACCUGUGGAGCCUGAGUGAGGGAAGUUCUUCUUGGUCUAUUCCUAUUUCUCAUUCUAUUAGGGGAGGGGCUGAGGUUGAGAGAGUAAGUCUGUUGAACUUGCUUAAUAACGUUUCAUUCUCGAGUCUAGCUGCAGGUCCCUCUAGAAAUGUUUGGGAGCUCACGCAGAAUGGCGGGUUCAGCUCCCACUCUUAUUAUUCGGAGUUGGUCAAGGGAAGCAAUCUUGCGGACCAGGAAUUCCCCUUCAAGAUCGUUUGGUGUCCUGUCAUUCCGCCCAAAGUCUGCUCCUUCAUUUGGACUGUCUAUUACCGAAAAAUCCUCACCCAAGAUGUGCUGAAGAAAAAAGGAUGGUCUUUCCCGAAUCGCUGUGCUUUGUGCGGCUGCUUUGAAGAAUCCAUAGACCACCUCUUCAUUUCUUGCCCUUUCAGUCGCGAGGUCUGGUUUAUGAUGAAGGCUUUUGUUAGCAUCAACAUCCCCACCCAGGACAUUUCGUCGGUGAUUAAGCUGUGGCCUCGAGACUUGUCUCAAAGUGCUUCCAGCUGGUGCUCCAGAGUCUUUUUGCAUGCUUUCUGCUGGCAUAUCUGGCUCGAGCGCAACAGAAGAAUUUUCAAAGACUUGUCCGCUUCGCCGCGUAUGGUGUCUUUCUUGAUUGCUAGAUGUGUCUCGGACUGGCUCUGUGCUGGCAACAAGGCUGAUAGAAGUGCUACUGAUUUGUGGCUUCAGUUAGUUAGGAACAGGUUGCUUCCUCGGCCGGGUCCGUUUCUGCUGCAACAGUAAUGCUCUGUUCUGUUCUGUUUUUUCUAGGUUUAGCUCCUUUGGUUCUGCUGCUGCAAUUGGUGGCUGCAUCCGGUUUUUCUCCUUUUUUUCUUUUCCUUCUGUUUGACAGACUUUAAUCUCUUUUUAUUAAUACUAUUUCACCUUUAUAAAAAAAAAACAUUCCAAAAUUUUAGUAUUUUAACCAAUAAAAGAGUUGCAAAAUUACUAACGAUAACAUGAAAAUGGCUAAUUCUUGGAUGUAUUAUGAAAGAUUUGGCUAAUUAAUAACAUUUUAAUAGGUUUGGAUAAUAUAAAAGAGUAUGAAAAAGGUUUGGGUAAAAUAGAUAUUACCUACUUUUUAUUUGUGUUUCGACGAAGAUAAGACCUGGCAAAUUCCAAUCCGACCCGUUGACCCGACCCGAACCCGGCCGAAAAAUGAAAGUUUUUAUGACCCGAGAUCCGAACGACCCGAACCCGACAAUCCUUGAUUUUUUGGUUCGGGUUGGGUGGGUUAGCGGGUCGACCCGUUAGACCCGUUCCAUUUCAUAUGUAACUCAUAAAAUGAUAAAAUCACUCAUAAAUUGGUGAGAUGUUUAAAAAAAUUAACAAGGAUUUGAAAGACAUAUUUGGAGUUUAAGGAUAAUCAAAUAUCAUGGGGAAGAUUUGAGAAUAUAUUAAUUGACAUGUGUUUGGUAAACUAUUGUCAUGCAUAUGUGAAGAUUUGUGUUCUUUAAAAAAAUAUGAAGCAUGUUUGAUGUUGUUUCUGAGAGCGCUCAUAACCCGAAAUGACCCGUAACCCGACCCGAACCGAAUGGAUUGUAUCAAUAUUUAUCCCGAAAUAAUCCAAAUGAACAUCACCCGACCCGUAACCUGAAACUCCAACCCAAAAUUACCCAACCUGACCUAAUUACCUGCCAGGUCUAACGGAGAUGUAUUGUUUGACAAUGGCGGGCACAUAAAAAGAAGCUGAGAUGGUCCAAAUGUCACAGAUGAGCAAUAACAAAGAGACUCAAGUUUUACAGGUCCAAGAUACUAAUGGAUCAAUAAAACAACUGACAGGUGAACAGAGGUCAUUAAAGCUGGAUACAUAAGCAAAUAGUUCCACAUAGAGUGGUGACAAGAAGGAUAUACUAUUCUCGGAAGCAUUGGAGUACAAAAUACAGUGUUGAUGAUGAUGAAGAGGCUCUAGAAGUGGAAGAGGAGGAUUAUGAUGCAGUUAUGGUCAAGACAGUGAACUUGCUGGGAUUAGUGGGAAGGUUGUUAACAGAAAAAAAACAUCAGACUAAUGAAGAUUGCUUUAUCCAAAGCAUGGAGCUUGAGGUAAACCUUUCAGAUUACUGACAAGGGAGACCAGUUGUAUGGUAUCCAAUUUCUUAACAGAAAAGAUAGAGAGAAGGUCCUUUAUGGUGGUCCAUGGCACUAUGAUAACAAAUUGUAGAUCUUCAUAAAAGCAGUUGCUUUUCAUAAACAUAGGAUUGAUGAGAAUACAACAGAAAUUCAAAACAAUUACUUACUAAGUGUAAGAGUGAAGAGGAGAGGGAGUCAUCGAUGGAUGACUUACUGGAUAAAGAAGCACAGUUUGGGGAAAACAUGGUUUUCAAUUUCAGAGCAGGGGGCAAUAAGGAGAGUCAAAGAAAGCAUAAGCGUUGCCAAAGACAAAAUUCAUAGAACAGGUCACAACAAGGAACCUCAAUGAUGUAGCUAACACCUCAAAAGAGAAACCUUAUACUCAAUCUAAAACAAGAAGGGUAGAUGAUCCCAUAAACUUCCAGGAUGAAG